AUGGCACGUACCAAACAAACCGCUCGCAAAUCCACCGGAGGCAAGGCUCCAAGGAAACAACUAGCAACAAAAGCCGCUCGGAAAUCUGCUCCGGCAACCGGAGGAGUGAAGAAGCCACACAGAUUCCGUCCAGGAACCGUUGCUUUGAGAGAAAUCAGGAAGUAUCAGAAGAGUACUGAACUUCUCAUCAGGAAACUUCCAUUCCAAAGAUUGGUUAGAGAAAUCGCUCAAGAUUUCAAAACAGAUCUCCGAUUCCAAAGCAGUGCUGUUUCUGCACUUCAAGAAGCCGCUGAAGCAUAUCUAGUCGGUUUGUUUGAAGAUACAAACCUUUGUGCUAUUCAUGCCAAGAGAGUCACUAUCAUGCCUAAGGAUAUUCAACUUGCUCGUAGAAUCAGAGGCGAGAGAGCUUAA